CCCACCCGGCGAAUUUAACAACUCCUCCUACUUAACAAGCUAGCCAGCUAGCCGCUGUGAAGGCGACCAUAGCUCUUUAAAAAAAUACCACUGAACAUUACAGGGCAUCCUGGAUGAUAUAUUUCAUCCAGGAAACACAAGAAACUGCCUUAAUGGGACGCUUGUUCGGCGUGUUUUACGACGCGAUGGCCAGCUAGCAGGCGGUCCCAAAGCUAGCUUGUCGGCUAGCCGGGGUAGGAGCUUCUGAGACCCUCAUCUAAUCUCGGCUUUUUUCGGCCUUUUUUAAAAUUAGUUUCCGUGCCAUUCCAAGUUUAUUUUAAACGACGUUUUAUAUGUAUGUUUGUUAGUUUAAAUGACCAAUGAAAUGUUUUCUUUUUGAAUAUGUAGGUCAAUGAACCCGACCAAUGAUAGUUAUUUGGGUCAUCCUCGGGUAUUAGCAGGAACAGCUGGUUAGCCCAGUGGCUAGCUGUUUUUAUUUAUCAGUCAUUUUUAACGAAAAAUACAAUAACUUGGAUGCACAUGUUUGUAUGAGUAGAUAUAACUCUGCAGUCUGUGUUUAUGAGGUUAUCAUCGAGUGGAACAUUUAUUUUAAUAGUUUGGAGUCGUCGCUUCACCAUCGUUAGCCAACUGAGCUAGCCGGAUCCUGUUAGCAUCCGAGCAGCUUCACUAAUUAACAAGGAAACGCGUGGAUCAUGCUGAGUUAGGAGUUGUUUCCUCCACGCCUAGCUGGUUACGUGCAGACAAAGUGUUUCUGGGGGUUUGGUGACAGAAGGGAUGGCAUUUCACGGUGCCGGCCGGCAGACCGUUGGAGACUUGUUCCCGGGCUCUGAGCUGGGCCACAAGUAUUUCUGUGUCAAUUCAUCGUGCGGAGCCCCGUCCACCGGCCUCAGCGCCACGCCGUGCCUGACCGGACCCACCGCCCCAGCCGGGACGCCCCGCCACCCCACAGCUCUUGGGGGGAGCACAGGGGGAGGGGCGGCGGUGCCUCAGCCCUACAGCAACCCAGCCAGCGAGGUGCCCAGCCCCGCUGAGAUGGAGCCCGACCGCCCCAUCGGUUAUGGAGCCUUCGGCGUUGUCUGGGCUGUUACGGAUCCACGUGACGGUCGGAAGGUGGCGUUGAAGAAGAUGCCCAAUGUCUUCCAGAACCUGGUGUCCUGUAAGAGGGUCUUCAGAGAGCUCAGGAUGCUCUGCUUCUUCAAACACGACAACGUUUUGUCCGCUCUGGACAUUUUGCAGCCUCCACAAAUCGACUGCUUUGAGGAAAUCUACGUGAUCACGGAGCUGAUGCAGAGCGACCUGCACAAAGUGAUCGUGUCUCCGCAGCCACUCACCACCGACCACAUCAAGGUCUUCCUCUAUCAGAUCCUCCGGGGUUUGAAGUACCUGCACUCUGCUGGGAUCCUGCACCGAGACAUCAAGCCUGGAAACCUGCUGGUGAACAGCAACUGUCUGCUCAAGAUUUGUGACUUCGGCUUGGCGCGUGUGGAGGAGCCCGACCCAUCGCGUCACAUGACCCAGGAGGUGGUGACGCAGUACUACAGGGCCCCCGAGGUGCUGAUGGGCUGCAGACACUACGGCUCGGCCAUCGACGUCUGGUCCGUGGGCUGCAUCUUCGCCGAGCUGCUGGGCCGACGCAUCCUCUUCCAGGCUCAGAGCCCCAUCCAGCAGCUGGAUCUGAUCACAGACCUGCUGGGGACCCCUCCUCUGUCGGCCCUGUCGGCAGCCUGCGAGGGGGCCAAAGCCCACAUCCUGAGGGGGCCACACAAACCGCCGUCGCUGUCGGUGCUGUACAUGCUGUCUGACGGAGCCACACACGAGGCGGUGCACCUGCUCUGUCGGAUGCUGGUGUUCGACCCGACUAAACGUAUCUCCGGCAGCGACGCCCUCUCCCACCCGUACCUGGACGAGGGGCGCUUGCGUUACCACACCUGCAUGUGCCAGUGCUGCUACUCGGUGCCGAGCGGGCGAGUUUACACCCGGGACUUUGAACCUGUCGCCGAGCGGCCGUUCAGCCACAGCUACGAGAACAGCAUGCUGUCCGUGUGGCAGGGCAAAGAGUUAAUCCAUCGCUUCAUCACGGAGCACCAGCAGGGCAAGCGUGUGCCGCUGUGCAUCAACCCUCAGAGUGCUGCCUUCAAGACCUUCAUCAGGUCCACUGCAUGGCACUCCUCCAAGGUGUCCAGGAAGGAGGAGAGAUGAACGUCCUCCUCUUCCUCCCGGGGAGCGGCAGCAGAGUAUGAAAAAGGAUUGAAUCGCCCGUGAGAGUCCUGAAGAGUUUGGGUCUUUUCCUUUCAGCUGUUCCCCUGGCGAGAUGCAGACGGGGAAACACUCCCAAAAAACCUCCUGAAGAUCCUCAUUACUUAUUUUACCUCCUUCAAAAUCUACAAAGUUUCAAAAUAUGAAAACUACUUCACUUUUUCUAAACGUCCCAAACAGGCGAGGCUUCGGGACUUUUCUUUUUCUCGGUGCUGAUAUGUAAAAAAAAAAGCAAAGCUGCUUGAGGAGGAAAAAGAAAGAGGAGCCGGUACUAGAGUGGAUUUUCCAUCUGUGUUAGUAGAGACUUUAAGGAAUAAUGGUUUUAAUGUUUGGUAGAGCUAGUAGAUUUCAUUCCAGCCCUGUGCAAUACGGAUUCAUUUGAACAAGCGAUGGACUGAGGACAUGGAGCGGAUCGCUUGCCCAGCGGAGUUUCAGACACUCCCGAUACGAGCGCGUACCGGAUCAGUGUUCCCGCCAAACGACACCAUACAGCGCCACGUCCUCUUUUUUUUUGGUUUUCUUUUGGAACUGCUGCGAGUCCAAGCCGCGUCAAUAAUGCAAACUAACAGAUGUAGCAGGUUCUCACCACAGUCAGUCCCCUCGUGUUUCUCCACAUCACAGCUUCGGUAGUGCUUUGAUCUUAGCGCGGCUUCGCUAAGUUCUCUGUUCCACCUUAUCAAAGGAGCAGGGACUUUUUUCCUCAGUUUGAAGUAUUUUUGUUGGAAAUUACGACAGGAACAUUUAUGACCUUUGAGGGUUAAACUCCUACAUUUUCAAGGAAAGAAAAUCAAUUAAAGUCGGAAUUCGAAGGAAAGAAAUCUGAUUCCUGACGAACAAAUGCAGAAUUCUCUGAAUUUUGAGAUUAUAAAGUGUAAUCCCAGAAAAAGGACUUUUCACAUGGUCCUAAUCCUCUUCUGUUAAUAACCCUUUCCCUGGCUUUAUCAUUGUCAUUUUGUUUGCCUACAAUGGCCCUUAUACAUCGUCGUAAAGAAAUGAUUCAAGGUUGUCUAAGAAGAUGCUCUGCAUAAAGAAAAAUGCCAAAUCGACAGAUAUUUGGCUGACUCUUUUGUGUUCUUCCCGUCUUGUUUGAAUUUUCCUGCUGACCUCCUCUGUCCCCACUUUUUGCCCACCGGCAGACAGAGAGACUUAAUUUAUUGAGUGUUUGUUGAAGAGUGUGUGUCUCCACCCUUUGUAGUUUGAAGCGGUUUACCUCAAACCUCCGGAGAACAGUGAACAGAACCUGAUGUGUGCGUACCUGUAAAGUGAAAGCCUCCCGUCAGAACUCAAACGUCAUUCCUCCAGAUUCUUCUUCUCUUUACCUCCACUUCGCCCCACCACUCUGAUUUUUUUUGAGAGAAGGAUGUUUUCUGUGAAAUGCUGCUGUUUUUUUGUUUUCGUUUAUUUUAGUUUCAGGCUCAGGUGUCCCGUUUAUAGACUAUGAACUGUACAAAGCCACAUAAGGAUGCACCAGUAUUGAUCCUGGUAUUAUUAUCAGUAAAUAACCAUUUGUCUGAUUCUACACUGUAAGAAGUUCAGCAGAAGAUGUUAAUUAUAUCUUCAUAUCUAAUUGAGUUCAUUUUCUAACUGGUGGUUUUUACAUGUUUAACCCUUUAAUUACAAACUCAACAAAUCGCACUGAAAGUGAAAUAAACGUGCAUAUAUGUGAACCGUAAUAGCAAGAAAGGUGAAAUAUUAUUACAUUUUUAAAAACAGGCAGAUUUGUUUUAGUUUAUAUUACAUUUAAUAUGCCAUGGAAUAACUCAAAUAAAUCAUCAUUUGAAAAAAAAAAGUUAUAACAGAAAAAAAGAUUAACAAGAUUAUUUUCUCAGAAAUCACAAGUCACCUCAACUACAUGGUUAAAACAAAUGUUACAAACAUUUGCAAUAUUAUAUAAGGUCACAAGUUUCUCUCAAAACUAAAAGUGUAAAUCAUGUUUACUUCCAUUAAAAUCUAUAUCUCACAUUAAAGGACUUUUUCUUCAUAAUUACUGAAGUCUAUUUAUCCUUACUUGUGAAAAUAGAAUCCGCAAAAAAAAGUUACAUCCAAAAACUUUAUGAUAUAAUUGUUCCCACAAUAUAAGCAAUAAUGAUCUUGCACAAGACGGCAGGAUUGUUAUUCUCAAUGGUUUGAUUUCUCCUCUGAACGUCAGUAAUUCAAGUGCCCUGAUGUGUAGAUAAAGCAGAAAAACAUGUAAAACCAUCAGUCUGAUCUUCUGGGUUCUGGUUCCCACCGUUGUCUGGCCCCUUUCUGACUUUAGGAACUUGUCCAGGAACUCUCUUUCUUUCUGUAAGGCACUCAGGAACAGCCUGCCACCUCACAGUUUGUCCCGUCACUUUUUUUUCAAUGUAAAGCUCCUGAAAAGACUGAAGGACUCUCCGGGUUUAGUUCCUGUUGUUCCUUCGUUUCUGGAUUGAAAAAAAAUUCUCUGCGGCCCCCGCCGGCCCCCCGGAGUAUCUUCUUCUCCAGGAUCACAGCGCCCCCCUGACUUGUAUAUCUGCAUGUGUAUAUUUAUUAUCCCAUGGAGAGCUUUUGGGUUUGAAUGCUGUGCAAUUGAUUUGAUGACGAAAACGUACAUUUUGUGGUAUUUUCUUUUUGUAUUUAAUUCAUCUUUAGGAAGUGAUUUUUAUUAGAAGUUUUUGUUUGUUGUGAUCUGAUUAGGUUUUUUCAAAAGCCAAACGUUGAGAAAAUGUUUUGAUAAUUGUUCCCUAAAUACAUUUGAAGAGCGAGUUAACCUCAACACUAAACCGAUUAUUUUUAAAUGUAAGAAGCAACGUUUCAGUGUGAUGAACACAAACGUUGCCCUCAAAAUAAACACAUUAGUCAAGAGACAACCGUAUCCUUUGAGUCUUCAAAUGCGCACCUAACCCCUUAAUCCCUUAAACUAAGCAUUUAUCUUCUCUAAACUUUCCCACUUCAAUGUAACAUUCCUCCCUCAAUAUAAGUUUUGAAUAAGUGCUUUAUUUUGUCAGAUAAACCCAAAGAAAACUCAAUUCAUAAAGACUCAAAACAAACUGAAUUUUUUUGUAAAGAAAUUCUAAAACAUUUAGUCAUGUUGCUCGAGUGAACAUCAGAAAGUAUUUUCCCUUUGAGUUUCCCAAAAGUGUCGUUUUGAAAGACUAUUUGGUGUUUUAUUGUUUUUUAAAAUGAUGUUAUAUUUCUUAUUAUUUUUUCGAGACAUUUUCUCUAAAACAGAAAAUAAUUGUAAUCACUGUAUUUGAUCAGAUAAACCCAAAGAUCAUUCAGUUUCUAGUGAUUCAGACAAUUUGCCGAAGCUGGAAAUUGAGAACGUUUGACAUUUUUCUUGAUUACCUACUAUUUUGUUGAUCCGAUAAUUAUUUCAACAUCGACAUUCAUAAAUACUAUAUUGAAAAUGCACAUUAUUAAUACAUUGAGGGAACACUUUGUUAAUCUGAAGCUCAAAUGUUCUACUUUAGGGAACAAUAGAUCAACGGUUUUCCCUUUUGGACUUUUCUUAUUUGACUUUUUUGUUUGUUUCUGUUGUGUAGAGGAAGUGUUUGAAAUAGACGCCCUCCUGCACACUGUUCACAGAUCAGACGGACAGACGACUCGUCACCUUUAGACAUUAGACUUGUUUUUCUUCUAUGAAAAGAAACUUGAUGUUUUUAUUAUUAUAAAUAUGAGACUGAUGUUUGAAACUGAUGUUUUUUGUCUUUGUUUUAGCAACAACAACAAAAAGAUUUUUUGUUUGUUUUUUGACUUGUGUUCCCAACAAAUACUUGAAUUUCUUAAAAAAAAUGUUUAGAGUUAAAGUAGUGAAUGAUAAACAAAUAAAUGGACACUGGAUAAUAUU